AAAAUUCAUCGAAGGCCACCCCACCAUAUAUACAGAGACUGAGGGGGCGUUCACUGCUACCUCUACCAGCAGGGAAAAAUAAAAAAGGAAUUCAAUAACAAUUCCAAAAAGAGCCAUAUAUGUUCUGUAUUCUUUUUUUCCUUCAAUUUUCUUAGAUUGUUCUUGCAUACCUUUGUUUUUGCUCAAACAAUAAGCUGCGAAAUCCGAAAUUUGAUUUUUGAUUCGUUAAGGUUGAUAGGGAGAUAAAAAGCUGAAAAAUGGCAUCAAUGGUUGCUAUAGCCAGUAUUAGUAACUGUAGCAGUCAAGUGUCACCACUGCAUCCGGUCCAAGAAAAUGGAAGCAGAAAUAAGAGAAAAUUCAGGGCUGAUCCACCUUUGGGUGAUCCCAGCAAGGUUAUGCCUUCACCUCAGAAUGACUGCUCUGGUUAUGAAUUCUCUGCUGAGAAAUUUGAAGCUCUCCCAGUUCAUGGGCCAUCUAGUUCAUGUCAGUGUGGCAUUAACCAAGACAAUUCUGAUGGGUUGAAGGUUGGAACAAGCCGGGUAGGAUUGUUGGAGGUUGGAACAAGCCGGUCUAAAGAGGAAUUAGAAUCAGAAGAAUCCCAUGAUGCUGAUUGGAGUGAUCUUACAGAAUCCCAGCUAGAAGAACUUGUGUUAGGCAAUUUGGAUGCAAUCUUUAAGAGUGCCAUUAAAAAGAUUGUUGCUUUCGGUUAUACUGAAGAAGUUGCUACAAAGGCUGUUUUGAGGUCCGGUCUUUGUUAUGGGUGUAAAGACACCUUGUCAAAUAUUGUGGAUAAUACUUUAACAUUUCUUAGGAAUGGUCAAGAUAUUGAUCCUUCAAGGGGGCAAUGUUUUGAGGAUUUACAACAGCUGGAGAAGUACAUAUUGGCGGAAUUGGUUUGUGUACUUCGAGAAGUUAGGCCUUUCUUUAGCACUGGGGAUGCAAUGUGGUGCUUAUUGAUUUGUGAUAUGAAUGUUUCUCUUGCUUGUGCAGUGGAUGGUGAAUCCUUGACUGGUUUUGCUGCUGAUGGGGCUUCCGCUCCUUCUAUCCAACCCCAGAUGAAAAAAGAAGGCAAAUAUUCUGAAUUGAAUCUUCCAAAUCCUUGCAAAUUUGAACCUUCUGUUCCUUGUUCUCCUAGUUCUGAAUCUGAGGCACCCAACAAUAUGACAGGAGUUCCCAACACAACUAAAACAAGCAACUCUGGUGUUCUUAGUGAACUAGUCUCAGACAAAAAUCAAUUGAAUUCUACAUGUGAUCCUGCAGAUAAAUCUUUCAACAUUGCAGGAACUUCUCAACCUCCUGUGUUUGAAGAAAAGUUUACAGUCAGUAGAAAGGUUCAUUCCAAUAGCAGCAAGAGGGAAUACAUACUUCGACAGAAGUCACUUCAUUUGGACAAGGGCCACAGAACAUAUGGGCCUAAAGGAUCAAGAACAGGGAAAUUGAGUAAUUUGAUUUUGGAUAAGAAAGCAAAAUCAGUUUCAGAUUCUGCCCUAAAAAUAAAUGAUGCUUCUUUAAGAUUGAGUAAGGUAAUGGGAGUUGAUGUGCCUCAAGACAAAGGAGGCCAGAAUCUUUCAAAUAAUCCUGGAUGCUCUCCCCCAGCAGCAUCUAAUUUAGGAACUUCUAUUGUGACUUCUUUGUCAGAGACUGAUGUCCCAUCUACACUAUCCAUGGUCAACAUCCCAUCUGCAUUACCUACACUCAAUACUCCACCUGCAUUGGCAGCUACUGAUAUUGAGCUAUCACUUUCAUUGCCUUCAAAAGGCAACUGUGCUCCAAUCUCUGCUAAUUGUAAUGCUGAGGCAUCUAAUUGCAGUUUUGCUGGUAUACCAUAUGAUAAGUCAGUGGCACCAUGGAUUCCAAGGAACAAGAAGGAUGAGAUGAUUAUGAAGCUGGUCCCUAGGGUACGGGAAUUGCAAAAUCAGCUCCGAGAAUGGACGGAAUGGGCAAACCAGAAAGUUAUGCAGGCUGCUCGAAGGCUAAGUAAGGAUAAGGCUGAACUUAAGUCACUUAGACAGGAGAAGGAAGAAGUUGAAUGGCUCAAGAAAGAGAAACAAACUCUGGAAGAGAACACCAUGAAGAAGCUCGCUGAGAUGGAAAAUGCAUUGGGCAAGGCUGGUGGUCAGGUGGAGAGAGCUAAUUCUGCUGUCCGGAGGCUUGAGGUGGAGAAUGCUAUGCUGAGGCAAGAGAUGGAGGCUGCAAAAUUGCGUGCAGCAGAGUCAGCUGCAAACUGUCAAGAAGUAUCAAAGAGGGAGAAGAAGACGCAGUUGAAGUUUCAGUCAUGGGAGAAGCAGAAAACCCUUUUACAGGAAGAACUUGCAGCUGAAAAAUGCAAGGUCAUGCAACUACUACAGGAUUUAGAACAAGCUAGGCAACUAAAGGAACAACUUGAGGCUAGAUGGCAACAAGAAGAGAAGGCGAAGGAAGAACUAGUUUUGCAGGCCAGUUCAAUAAGAAAAGAAAGGGAACAAAUAGAGGCAUCAACUAAAUCUGAGGAGGAUACAAUUAAAUUGAAAGCUGAAACUAAUUUGCAGAAGUACAAAGAUAACAUUGAGAAGCUUGAAAGAGAAAUAUCCCAGACGGACUCGUCAAAAAUUGCAGCCCUGCGACUGGGCAUCAAUGAAAGCCAUGGUAGCAGAGUAACAGAUGUUAAGUAUAGUCCAGCAAAGGAGGUGAGGAGGCCUUAUUACUCAGUAAUGGAUGGUGAUGUUGAGAAAUACUUAAACACAGGAGGAGUGAAACGGGAGAGAGAAUGUGUGAUGUGCCUCUCAGAGGAGAUGUGUGUAGUUUUCCUCCCAUGUGCCCAUCAAGUAGUUUGCUCAACAUGUAAUGAACUACAUCAGAAACAAGGAAUGAAGGAUUGCCCUUCUUGUAGAACCCCCAUUCGGCGUCGUAUUCUUGUAAGUUAUGCUUGCUCUUAAGUUUUAUCAAUUACAUGGGGUUCACUGUUUGACUGCUCUACAUAAUGAUUAUGGUAAUAAUACAUCUGUGAUUGCAAUCUUAA